AUGUGCUCUAGUCCUGUCUUUCUACCGGAUCUAGCAGCUUUUCUCAAUCGUCUUACAAAUGAAGAACGUCAUCAAAUCGGUCGUACGCUUAUCCAACAGUCGCAAGGUUCAGUUCAAAAACAACAACAUAAAUUGGAUACGCCAUGUCCAUCGCUUCUUGCACUUCAACGUCCUCCUUCAUCUUAUUCACCACAACAACAAACUAAUUCGCCCAUUCCUCCUCUUAUGAAUCAUCAUAAACAGACCCGUUUACAAGUACGUCCAUUAAUGGAACAACUCGAAAUUAUCCCAGGCACUACCUCAACUCCACGACGUCCUAUAAGUGAUAGCUUCGAUAAUAGUAACAGUAAUCUUCAACACGCUUCGAAACGUCCAAGAAAAAAUGAACAAUCACCUCACUACCAACAACCAGUUCAACAACAACCUACUAUUGCUCUUCCUCAAUCUCGUUUCUCUUUCAACAUCAAUAUGCUCAAGCGGGCAGUGAAUAACAAUCUUCCAUGUUUCUUCAUUUCCUUUGAUUUAGUUAUUGAUCGGAUUGAUAUUCCAUCAUGUACUCAAGUGGCAAUCAUGCUAAAGAAACUAUUUGUGGUCCACCAUUUGUCUAUUAAAGAAUUGUCAUUAUGUGGGCCAGCAGAUGAUCGUAGAUUUAAAUUUGCAGUAAAUGACAAGAUUGAUUUCUUAACAUUAUUUAACUGGUCGUGGCCUGAUGAAUUGGAUGGUAAGUAG